AUGGCCGCGACAGAAAAGAGAACCGCGCGAUUGAAGGCACUGUUCCAGUCGCCUCGGACUACUCUGAUGCCUUUUGGGGUACUACCUAUACAUGCGCAGAUGGCAGAAGCUGCUGGAUUCGAAGCCUUUGAGAUCUCAGGGGCUAUGACCUCGUGGUGGAUAGGAGGAUGUGCAGACGUUGGACUCCUGACCAUGACCGAGAUGGUCGCACAUGCCAAGCGUGUGGCCGACUCGGUCAAUAUCCCAGUCUACUGCGAUGCUGAUACAGGCUACGGAGGCCCUGCAAGCGUUCGUCGCACGGUCCAUGAGUUCAUCCGAGCUGGAAUCGCUGGCAUCCACAUCGAAGACCAACUGAAUCCAAAGAAGGCUGGGGCUCAACCUGGAAUCGAAUUGGUGUCUGAUGAAGAAGCAAUCGGACGCAUCAGAGCUGCAGUUGAUGCUCGCAAUGAGUUGGACCCAGACUUUGUCAUAGUUGCUCGGACCGAUGGCUAUGGUGCCACUGGCGGAUCUGCCGAGGAGGCUAUCCGCCGAGGACGUCUCUACCAGGAGAAGACAGGCGCCGAUGUCAUAUUCUACGAAGGCUUCCAUGACUGGAACCAGGUCAAGCGAGCACUAGCCGAGACACCGGGUCCGGCAUAUGCCAUACCUCACCCUACGAUUUCUGCCAGGCCAACCAUGGAUGAGCUGUCUAAAAUGGGACAGUCGAUCGAAAUUGUACCGUUUCUUCUAGCCGGUGUCCAAGAGGAAUGGAACCUCUUGCUGAAAGUCAAGCAGGCAGGCCACUACGGACCGAUGGAUGAAUACCUUUCCAGCCUGGCUCGGUAUCGUGGGACGGCAAACGGCAUUGGGUGGGGAGACAGGUUUGUAAAGCCAAACUACAAGGAGGUUCGGCAAAUGGAAGAGAAAUAUCUGCCCGCGGAGUUGCAACGCGACUAUGAGAAUAAUGUCAACGCCGAGGAUGAUGCGAAGAAUACGUAUCCAUGA